AUUGAAGUAAAGAAGUGCCUUAUAUAGAUAUAAAUACCUAUCUAUAAUAAUUAUAAUUUUUUAUCAUAAUGACAAUAUCAUAUUCGUCGGAAGUUCCCAAUGGUAGCAGUUUUGGAGUAUUUUGGAAAAUAUUGUGGAAAUGGAGAGGAAGCGUGUAUAAACUUGUUUGGCGAGAACUCUUAGCAUAUUUAGGACUAUACUAUCUCAUAAAUUUAACAUACAAAUACGCGCUUAACGAUGAGCAAAAAGCGAUUUUCCAAAAUAUUCGCCAGUAUUUUGUGCAACACAAUGAAAGUAUUCCCAUGUCGUUUGUAUUGGGUUUCUAUGUAAGUCUUGUAGUCAAAAGAUGGUGGGAACAGUAUCGAAUGCUUCCAUGGCCAGAUACGUUAGCUCUAUUCAUAUCAGCAGCUAUUCCAGGAAAUGAGGAAACUGGGCGUUUGAUGCGGCGAAAUAUCAUGCGAUACAUGGUCUUAGCAUAUGUCAUAACAUUACAACGUAUUUCACUAAGGGUAAAACGACGAUUUCCUACUUGGCAGCAUGUCGUCGACGCUGGUCUGAUGCUUGAAAGUGAACGGAAAAUCUUUGAAAUGAUGGAUAGUAAGAGUCCAAUGUCAAAGUACUGGAUGCCUUUGGUGUGGGCUACAAACAUCAUCAAUCGAGCACGAAAGGAAGGACUCAUAACAUCUGAUCAUAUUGUGCAGACUUUAUUGAUGGAGUUGAGUGACAUUAGACGAAGAUUGGGUGGUUUGAUUUCAUAUGACACUGUUUGCGUGCCACUGGUAUACACACAAGUUGUUACACUAGUGUUACAUACUUACUUUGCCGCUGCAUUACUUGGUCGACAUCAAGAUCAAGAGUUAUUUUUUCCUCUAUUUACAACAUUACAAUUUGUCUUUUACGUUGGAUGGUUGAAGGUAGCUGAAGUGCUGAUAAAUCCUUUUGGGGAAGAUGAUGAUGAUAUUGAACUCAAUUGGCUUAUAGAUCGACAUAUUAAAGCAUCAUAUAUGAUAGUGGAUGAAAUGCACGAAGAACAUCCAGAACUUUUGAAAGACCAAUAUUGGGAGGAAGUUGUGCCAAAAGACUUGCCAUAUACUGUUGCAUCCGAGCAUUACAGAAGACAUGAGCCAAAAGGAUCAGCUGAACAGUACAAAGUAAAAGAAACUGAUGCAGUUUAUGCGAAUAUCGUUACCCGACGUCAAAGAAGUAUUCAUGAUGCAGAAGGUUAUGCUGACUACGAAAGUGUAGACACUCCCAUGGCUGAACGGCGAAAGAAUUGGUUCACAAGACAAAUUACGAGAAUGGGAUCUGCUAGAAGCGCCUCUACAGCGUAUUCAUCGGGAGGAUUAUUUGGUCGAAACCGUCACAAUAGUGUUUAUUCAAGUCCCGAAGCUGGUUUACCAACAAGUGGAGUACAACAAAGCCAAGGGGCUCAAAAAAUAUCUUUAUAUGACAAAUUUGUAGGAAGAAAAUCUUUGAGGGCGCAACGUCAACUUAUGAAACAAAAUUCUAAACAAAACAUUAAUGGCUCAAUUAACAAAUCAAAAGCGAGGCCUCGAAUUCCUACUCCUGAUGUAACUAAAGACGUCCUUAACAAUGAACGGGAACGAAAUAAUACCGCCAACCAGGAAAACCUUCAAAAAAACCAAAAUACCACCUUGUUGGCUGGAACAGUAUCACAACAAUUACCAACUGCACCAGCUGUUUAUCCACCAGUCCGUCCGACGGAUGUUCCUGUAGUAGGAACAUUACUGUUGUCUCCUAUCAAGGAAAUGGAGUCCGCUUCAGUAAAUAGCACAUUACAGGCAAAUCAUCCUACCACUGCAGCUCUCGCUAAGUCAGUCCUUCCAAGUACGUUGAAGAAUACAGGGAUGGGCACGCCAAUCACACUUCCGUUGUCAAAGACUGGCGAGAAAAACCCUUUUAUUGUAGUACCAGCAGGUUCAAAACAAAUUGAUACUCCCGUUUUUGUAAUACCUACCACUAGUACAAAUGUACCGCUUAACAAAAGACCAGAAGAAAAUGACAAGCCUCUAGCCAUUACCACGAUGUUUAGUACACCGAAAAGUGACCUAAGUGAUGAUAUGCACACCACAGUCGUCACUACUUUCCCUUUCCACAAGUCGAGUUCAUAUUCAGAACUGGGAAAGCUGGAAGAUGAGAAUAACGCACAAAAUACCAACUCUUCCGAUCCCGAAACCAGGCAAAAGAUUCUCGAUGCUAUGCCAUCACAGUCAGUCUCAGCACCGGGCUCCAAAACAAAUACAUUAACAAAACACGAAGUUUAUGUGUAAUACCUUAUAAUUUCACGAAAUCCUGUGUGAUAUUUGAUUAAAAGUCGAAUAAAUUAAUUAUAAGUUUA